UCUCAAAUACAAAGACGUGAUUCUUUACGACUGAAGUAAGAUUUGAAGUAAUAUUUUAAGUUAUUCGUCAUUUUACAUGUUUGGGGAUGUACUAGUUUCGAAGCUUCAGUUUCGUUUGAUUUAAAGAUUAAUAUGGACGACGAUUUAAGUAAAGACGCAUUUGCUAUUUCACCAAGGCAACCAGAAGACCAAACAAAUUCGCAUACACAGACGAUUCAAGACAGGAGUUCUUUUCCAAUAAAAGAUCAAAAGGAGCAAAAUAACUAUCUACCACCAGACACCAGAAAUAUUACUUGUUCUCCAGGACAACACGGGUAUAACCAGUCUCAGUCAGAAAAUGAUUUAGAGGAAAUUUAUACUAGACAAGUAGAACAUAAGGAAGAAGUAAAAGUAAAAGAUAUGGGUGAUGUAGACAUCGCGCAUACAAAGGAUGAAACGGAAAUCAAAACAUCUGAAACACGAGAAACACAAACAUCUCGGGAAGGCAAUAAUGAUAACCAGGAUAGGCAAGUACAUAUGAAUAAUCAACGGAAAGAACUCUGUCUUCCACCAAAUCCACCACUGGAUUGGCGUUUGAAUGAACUUCUUGAUUGCAUAGCGACUAAUGUUGACGAAACAAAAUUAAAAAGAAUAAAACUAAUGUUUACAGGACCAAACGGAAUAGGUAAAGGAGUUCUUGAAAAAUGUAACUCGUGUGUUGAAUUGUUCACAGUCUUGAAGCAACGAGGGUAUAUAUCGAGAGAUAAUGUUUUGUAUUUGAAUAAAAUUCUUUACGUUUUGCAAGAACAUGACUUACUUCAGAAAACAGUUGAGUAUUGUAUGAAGGAAGGCGACGUCAUAUAUUAUUACUCUGUUGACAGACGACCUGAUGUCGGGGAAAAGGAGAUAAAGAUCCACGUCAAAGCUGAUGUUCAAAAUUACAACAAAGAACAACUUGAUCUGUUACGUAACGUCGUGGCUAGUAUUGCUUGUAUUCCCCCUGAAGAAAUAUUGAUAUCUGCUGUUGAGCCAGGAUCAAGCUUCAUCAUCAUAUUUACGAUGCCUGAAAUGUAUGCCGACAUACUACAAAGCAUGUUAGAGAAGAAAGUGAAUCUUCGAAGAUUUACAGCCAUAGAUGUGGAUAUCAUCAUAAUAGAUGGCAAACAAUACGAUGUUACAGGGCAAGAUGCUGUCAUAGAUGUAAGUGAGCAAUGUCAGGAACUCAUGAAUGUAUAUAAACAACUUGCAAAAACAAGAACUGAUCUCGAAGAAAUGGAGAUUAUCAAUUUGAAUUACCAAAAAGAACUUGAGGAGGUAUCAGAUCGACUGAAAAAGGCCGAAUCGACUAUGAACUCUUUAGAAUCCCUUGAAAAAGGGAAUUCAGAACUUGCGACAUUAUGUUCGGUGUUGCAAUCAAAGUAUGGUGUAACAGAAUCGUCUAUUGAAAACUUUAGGCUAUUGAUGGCAGAAGCAACUAAUAAAGAUCAGGACAAAGAACUCAUACAAAGAAUAAUCAGAGCAAAUACAGAAAUUGUGGCGGCAUGUCAUCGCAACCGGAACGAGUUAGAACACCAGGAGAGGAGUAUAAAAACUGAAAAGAAGAAAUUGAUUGAAUUUGAAUUGAAACAUGAUUUAGCCAGUGGUAUUAGGACUGCGAAAGAGGUACUGGUUGAAUACUUCAGUGUGUUGCUGAGAGGUUUCAAUUCAGUAUUGAAAAUGGAAUUAGUUGAAGUACUGCAUAAGACAUCGGAAAAAAUCUCAAGCGAACAGAAAGCUAAACUUAGAGACGUCUAUCAAUUGUCAAAGGAUGACGUGGUAAAUGCCUGCAUAGACGCUGACGAAGGGUUAAUAUUGAUUGGUAUACUUUGCAAGGAAUCAAUAGCGGAAAAUAAACCGAUGAAUACUGAUGACAUGCUUGCUCAAUGUGGACAAACGAUUGGCUUAGAUCUUCUAAGUUCGGUCAAAACAAUUGUACAAGAGAUGGCAGCAGAAAAGAAACAACAGGAAAAAAAAGACUUUCACAAGCAGCUUAUUCGGCAUCUUGAGCAUAAAUUGAAGACACCUCAAGAGAUAGCCAUCAUUUUCGCAGAAGUGCUUACAUUCAAAGAAGGUACAUUUCUGCAGAUCAAUAUGGAUCACAGUUCAAUAGUUAAUAUUGUACACAAAUUCAAAGGGUUGUAUAUGUUACUGACAGAGAGUGAGCGUGAGGAGCUUUCAAGUAUGCUUGUCGCAGAGGAUGUCGAUGCAAUAAGUAAAUGUAUUGAGUUAGACAAGUCUCUUCUGAUUUCUGGAUUGAUGUUCCAAAAAAUGGAACGUUUGGAAAAGUUUAUAAAUCCAGAAAAGUUCUUGAUUGAAAUACAAGAACGACUCAAAAGAAAAGAUCUGUUGCGGUUAUGGACAGAAUUGAAGGAAGACGAAGACGAACAGCUUAAACAGAUUAAGAAUUAUGAAGAGAAAAGGUUAAAAGAGACCAUGUUGCUUCAAGACCUCAAGUCAAAUAAAGCUGAGGAUAUUCUUCUACAAAAAAUGACUUAUUUUACAUUCAAACUAGUUGAAAGUGUUGACUAUGGGCCAGUCUUUCCCAAAUUGACAAAAUUGUUGCGUGACAUAAGUUCACAGUUUACCGAGGACGAAUCCAGUCGUCUUGUUGAAAAACGGCAAUGGGGUGAUACUGAUGUGAUAAGAGAAUGUAUUCGAGCAAACAGGAGUCUCCUCAUACAAGGUCUUUGGCAAAAAGAGAUAGAAAAUAUACAAGGAGUACCGAAUAUAGGUAUCGUGUUAUUAAGGCAUUUUUUUAGAGUGUACAAUAAGCACAACUAUUUAUUCACCGUAGGGAACGUGUAA